GUUCAGCUGACGCUGCACUCCACGUGACGCUAGCGCCGAGUGAACAUGGCUUCCACCGUUCGCCCUUCCUUCUCCCUGGGGAAUGAGACCCUGAAGGUGCCGCUGGCACUAUUCGCCCUGAAUAGGCAGCGCCUGUGUGAGAGGCUGAGGAAGAAUGGAGCUGUACAGGCUGGCUCAGUUGUCGUGUUGCAGGGUGGGGAAGAGAUGCAACGAUACUGCACCGAUACCUCCAUCGUCUUCCGCCAGGAGUCCUUCUUUCACUGGGCCUUCGGUGUCAUCGAGUCAGGCUGCUAUGGUGUCAUCGAUGUGGAUACUGGAAAAUCAACCCUGUUUGUGCCUAGGCUUCCUGCUAGCUACGCCACCUGGAUGGGAAAGAUCCAUUCCAAGGAGCAUUUCAAGGAGAAAUAUGCUGUGGACGAUGUCCAGUAUGUGGAUGAGAUUGCCAGUGUCCUGACCUCAUGGAGCCCUUCUGUCCUUCUCACUUUGCGCGGUGUCAACACAGACAGUGGCAGUGUCUGCAGGGAGGCCUCCUUCGAGGGCAUUAGCAAGUUCAAUGUCAACAACACGAUUCUUCACCCAGAGAUCGUGGAAUGCCGAGUGUUCAAGACAGACAUGGAGCUAGAGGUUUUGCGCUAUACAAAUCGGAUCUCCAGUGAGGCCCAUCGUGAGGUAAUGAAGGCUGUAAAAGUGGGGAUGAAGGAAUACGAGAUGGAAAGCCUGUUCCAGCACUAUUGUUACUCUAGGGGUGGCAUGCGCCACACCUCUUACACCUGUAUCUGCUGCAGCGGUGAGAACGCGGCUGUGCUGCAUUACGGCCAUGCGGGAGCCCCCAAUGACCGGACGAUCAAGGAUGGAGAUAUUUGCCUGUUCGACAUGGGUGGAGAGUACUACUGCUUUGCUUCUGACAUCACCUGCUCCUUCCCUGCCAAUGGCAAGUUCACAGAGGACCAGAAGGCCAUCUACGAAGCAGUGCUCAGGAGCUGCAGAACUGUCAUGAGCACUAUGAAGCCAGGUGUCUGGUGGCCUGAUAUGCACCGGCUGGCUGACCGUAUCCACCUGGAAGAACUGACACGCAUUGGCCUCCUGAGUGGCAGUGUGGAUGCCAUGCUCCAGGUCCACCUGGGAGCAGUAUUCAUGCCACAUGGACUUGGCCACUUUCUGGGCCUAGAUGUGCAUGAUGUGGGAGGCUACCCUGAGGGUGUAGAGCGCAUCGAUGAACCUGGCUUGAGAAGCCUGCGUACGGCAAGGCACCUGGAGCCAGGCAUGGUGCUGACUGUGGAGCCAGGCAUCUAUUUCAUUGACCACCUCUUGGACCAGGCCCUGGCAGACCCAGCCCAAGCCUGCUUCUUUAACCAAGAGGUCCUGCAGCGCUUUCGCAACUUUGGUGGGGUACGUAUUGAGGAAGACGUUGUAGUGACUGACAGUGGCAUGGAGCUGCUGACAUGUGUACCCCGGACCGUGGAGGAAAUUGAAGCAUGCAUGGCAGGCUGCGACAAGGCCCUUGCGCCCUUCUCUGGCCCAAAGUAGACCCAGUUGAGAAACUCAGUGAGACUGGGCCCUGGCCUUGUAAGCUUUCUGUGAUGUCAGCCUGCUCAUGGCACCCCAACAGCAAGAUCCUGGAGCUCAUGUCUGAUCCUACCAAAACCACUGCUGCUGUUUCUGAGGAGAAAGCAUUUUAUUCACCUACAAGAUCACAUCCCUAACCUUGAUUUUGCUUAAAUGACAGGGACUUAAGAGUGCUGAUUGAAGAAAGAUCCUGUUCUUAAGUCGUAACUCAAUUCUUAUGCUUGGGGAAGAAGAUGCACUUGUGUCUUCAAAAACAAAAAUCAACAUGCAAAAUGGGAUUUGCAAUAAAAGCUUUUCUAAAAAUGGC